GCUCUCCUUUUAGCACCUGGGCGGAUGAAAAUAGCCUGAAAAAUCCAUCCACCCUGAAGUCCUCACACCCCGACACAAGGGGACAGGACAAACUGGACUAGGCAAUGAGAAGCUCUGGACACGGAAUCAUCUGAUUUCGGCUGUGCUGAGAUUUGAAGGAUCUGACCAGGCUGCUGAGGCAGUGCAGCAGACACACAGAAGACGGAGAGGAGAUCCAGAGUCACGUUGAUGUGGUAGAGCAUUUCAGAAAAGAAACAGAAGAAACCGCACCAGUUAAAGCCACAGCAACACGCGGACUGUACCUGGGGGACGCAUUUCCACACUGCAGCGAUGUCUGAGGCGUUGUCACAGCAGGAAAGGCUCCAGGCUAUAGCAGAGAAGAGAAAGAAACAAACAGAGAUAGAAAACAAAAGAAGGCAACUGGAGGAUGACCGCAGGCAGCUGCAGCACCUGAAGUCGAAGGCUUUGAGGGAGAGAUGGCUGCUAGACGGAGCGCCUUCUGCUGGCUCGGAGGAAGACGAAGCGACGAAACAGCUUCAAGAAGAUGAGGCCAAGACUAAAGGACUAGAGGAAGCUAUUAUGAUACUGGAACAGGAACUGGAGGAGUUGGAGACCGGCGUCUCAGCAACAUCCACCAAAGAAAACCUGUCGGAUGCAGUUGAGCAGGAAGAAACCGAGACCCUGGACAACAUGGUCACAGGAGACUUCGUUAAAGAGGUCAGAGAGAUCAAAGUUCACGUCAGCCCUCGUCUGGAGAAAUCCAGGGGUGACUCUGACAUGAUGAGAGCAGCCAUGUACUCCGUAGAGAUCACAAUCGAGAAGGACCUGGUCACAGGCGAGACCAAAGUCUUGUCCACCAACACACUACUGCCCAAAGAUCUCUCUCAUCAGGGGAUCAAAGUGUAUGAGGAUGAACAGAAAGUGGUGCACGAGGUGCGUGGGUCUGACGGUCCACUGACUAACGGCGUGCACCAGCUCAGCUCGUCCGAGGUGGAGGAUCUUAUCCACAAGGCCGACGAGGCCUCCAUGAGCGACGGUAAAGCCACACCCCAGCAUGCGGCGGAAGCAGGCGAGAAGCUCAAAUCAGGAACAGAGAAGGUAGUGGUUACUCCGGUUAAAGAGAUCACCGGUGUAGAAGCCAAGCCAUCACCGGCCAUGUCCCAGGCUGAAGUAAAUGAUGCCAGUGCGGAGAAACCAGUCACGAUGGUGUUCAUGGGCUACCAGGACGUGGAGGACGAAGAUGAGACGAAGAAGGUCCUCGGGCUUGAAAGCACCACAGUUAAGGCCGAGCUGGUCGUCAUUGAGGAUGGAGAAAAUAAGAACGAAGCCAGGGAGGAGCAGGCACCACCCAACGGAGGCCCAGCUGAGCCAGCAAAAGCCCAGGAGGAGAAAGGAGAAGAGAAAGGUGAACCUGAGGCUGGCACCGCAGAAAUUAAAAGCAAAGAAAAGCAGCCUUGCAAAUGCUGCUCCAUCAUGUAAAAAAAAACCUCCUUUACAGAGAAACUUGGACCUUUUGUUUCUCGGAUCGGUGCAUCGCGUCACCUAACAGACAAAAUAACCCCAAGUAAAAGAGAGGAGAGAAAACAUCUCGUACCUUUUUGGUAGAAAGCUCUUGUUUUCUUACUUCAUUUGUACCAAUUUUAUAUUUUACUUUCAAUUUUUUUUCUCAUUUUAUUUGAGUUGCUCCUGUUACAUUCUUUAGCCUCCUCUGGUUCUGGUUCAGUUGAAGAUAAAAACCUGUUAAAGGAGUUGCAUCUGAUACCUUCUGCAUCGAUUAACAAACGCUUUCCUGUUUCAUCUUUGCGUAUGGGGGACUCCGAUAUCUCUAUAUGAUAUACACUAUAUGAAUCAGUUGUUUUUAAUAUAUAUUUAUUUUGUGUUUAUUUUAUCCAGCACCCUAACGGUUUUCUUUUGGAGAUGCAUGACCAUGUCCUGUUAUUGCAUUAGAUCUUUCUCAGUGGGUUUCAGGAGGAGCGUGUGAGAGCGAGUGGGGGAGUGUGAAGGCUGAUCCAUUAAUGACAAAUUGUCCAUAAUAAUCCAUUAAGGAAUAGUGGGUGAAAUGGGAUUUCAGUAGAAGUCAGAACAUUUUUUUGUUUUGCUGCAGACCCUCAUAUUUAUUAGUACAAGAUGUUUUAUUGCAUCACACAACUGCAUCCGCUAGUCACCUACACACACACACACACACUCACACACACACACAUCUGGUAUUUUGUCUUAGUAAGAUACAUAGAGUACUACACAUUACUACGUCACACAGUAUCAGAGAUUUAACCGAUUUAUUACUAAAGUAUAUUUUCCCCCAUAUACAGUAUUUUCUUCACUUUCCCUCCACUGCACCUUUUCAGAAAAAUCUUAACUUUAAGUGUAUAAUAAAGGCACUGCCUUUUUUUUUUGGUGGAUUCAGGAUUUUAGUAGUUUAUAUUAAGCCUAAGAAUCAAACUGGCUUCCUGUACAUGCCAAUAUACACUGCCUUUAGUCUCCUCUCAGGCAGAUCAUCCACGUCUGUGCUGGAACCUAUGCAAGAACACUCGUACGCAAAUCCUGAUAUGAUUAGAGGCGAUUACAUGAAUAUUUAUAGUAAAGAAAGAAGCGCUGGUGUUCGUAUCCCACGCAUUCAAACAUCUGAUGCUGAAUAGAGUAAAUUAUACAGUAGAUUGGAGUCAAAACAAUACUUCCACAUCGUUUUCUUUCUUUUUCUUAGAAAAUAAAUUGUCACCCUUUAACCUAUUUAUGUCAAAUCCUUCAGUGUGUAAGAAACAGCCUGGUAUUAUCCUCUGAGAACUCAUUAAGUGGUGCUAAUCAGUCUGAACCCUCACGCAGCGACGGUCGACGCUUUAUGCAACAGCAAGGCGAAACUCUCCCAACACGAGCUCUGAGCACCGUAUCGCAGCAUCGCAGGUGCACCUUAACUUUUAUUUUUGUAUUCGUGUGUGUUAACAGAUUUUUUAUUGCUAGUGGUUUGCGUCGUUUAAUUCGUUAAUUAUCUGUAACACAAUAGUCAAGUGCUUUAUCAGAUAUCCUAAUCGUAUGUAGGAGUGGGAAGCUUUUUCAGGAGGUAGUCUGGAGGUAAAUGGUGGCUCUGAAGUGUGAAAGUGUGUCCGUGUGUGUUGUUGUGUGUGUGUGUGUGUGAUUGUACGUGUGUUCUCCUUUCACUACAGCAACAUCACCAGUUCUGCGGAGAAGAUUUUUUUCGGGUGCCUUGUGGCUCUCGUUGAGGUUCACUUUGAGUUUCCUGUUAAUUUGGGUGUCAAUCAUGUGAUUUUUCCACUGAAAAUAAUAUUCCAUCACCUGCUUUAUUCCUUUUGAAAUGAGUUUUAGAGUCCAGCUGCACAAACAUGACCAAGUGCUGAUCCCUAAUCUUAACCCCAACCCAAACCUAGAGUUAAUCUGGGCUUCCUCCUCUUCCCAUCACCCUGACUCUCACAAAACACUCAACACCAUCACAAGACCUCAGUCUUGCUCAGCAGCGCUCCCUACUGUCUGUCAGUACUAACAUUCCAGUUCAGAAGAUUGCUUUUUCCACGGCCUGAAUGCCUUCUUGCCCUGCCCUCUUUGCCAGGGCAUUUUCUCUUUAUACAUGUGCAUGCUUUUUUAUAGCUAUAUAUCGAUCAUUAUAUCUUCAUAUCCAUAUUCAUCAGUCAUUAAAGUCUCCUCCUCCUCCUCCCUGUAGCUAAAGCCUUGUCCUGUAUCAUCCAUAAUGUUCGUCCAUGUAUUUAUCAUAGUGUCUCGGAGCAUGAUGAGUGAAAGUGUGAUAGUCGUACAGAUGAGGUCACUUCCUGUCUUGGAGCAAAGCUCUCAUCUACUUCUGCUACGUUUUUCUUCCUCAGAAGGACAGACCUUUUUUUUUUUUCAUUUCCACCUGGGAAUGUGUGUGUGUGUGUGUGUGUGUGUGUGUGUGUGUGUGUGUGUGUGUGUGUGUGUGUGUGCUCCCACUGCCACGGCUCUGUGCGCUUUCUCAGCUGUGAAGGUCUGCUUUCCUAAUGAAUUGAAAGUGCUGUAGAACCAAUUUUAGUCCAGAUAUUAAAAUGUGAUGUGCUUUAA